CAACUGAAGUAAUAAUUACUUAAUUCUGCCAUAAUGAUUUAUUCAAAUGACAACCUAAACAAGAAGAACGAAACCAAGUUGUUUGAAUUAUUCAAGUUAUCUUUUGAGUUGAAUAAUUUUAAUUACGCGAACAAAUCUUUAAGUUUAUUAUUGAGAAUGAAUUUGUCUAUAAGAUUAUUAUACGAUUUAUUAGUCUAUAUCGAUUUCAUUUAUAAUAACGAUCUACUAAAACAAUUAGAAUUAUUAAUAAUUAAAGAGCAAAACGUUGAACUUUUAAAGUACUUCUUAUUCACUCUAAUCAAACAAAAUUUUAUAAAUCAAAGUUUUAAUCACUUAGAAUUUUAUAUACAUCAAUUCCCAUACAAAGAUGAUGACCAAUUACAGUCAUUAUUUAAAUUACUAAAUGCUAAAAUCAAUACUAAACAAGAGGCUAUUAUCAACGACUAAUUAUUUAAAUAAGGACCCUUUUAAACUCCCUUUUGAUCCUUCUUUAUCUUCAACAUCUCAAUCUGACGAUUUAAAUCAAGAAUUCUACCCUAAACCUAUAGAAAGAGUUAAUGAGUCUAUUCCUAUUAAAAAAUCGAGAUUAUUAUAUCAAUCUAGACAUAGAGGUACUUUAGAAUCCGAUCUAAUUCUAUCUACGUUUGCUCAGAAGUACUUAAGUCAAAUGGACACAAAAGAGUUAAAUGAUUUCGACAAGUUAAUGGAUGAACCUGAUUGGGACAUUUAUUAUUGGUCUUUAAACAGGAAACCUUUACCUCAAAGAUGGGAGAACAAUCCAAUCAUUGAUAAACUCAAAUUGCACGUAAAGAAUGAAGAAAAAGUUUCAAAAAGGAUGCCACCUGUACAAGCUAUAAAAUUAGAUUAAACUUUUAACCACUUAUUCCCAUCGCCCCAUCUCUUUUUUGACGUUUUAUUUGUCUUGGUUUUAUUACUCUUUAGGAAGUUUUGGAAUUCUUCCAUUUCUUCUUGAUUUAUUAUAAGUUGUGAUUGUUGUUGUUGAUGAUAUCUUGAUCUACUGUUAACACUCUUUAUCAACCAAAAGAAUGUCAAUAAUGUUAUUAUUAAUAAUCCUCCCCUUAAUCCAAUUUCAUUUGCAAAACCCUCUAGUAUUUCUGCAAAUGCUGCCGCACCUACUCUUGCUAUACCGACCGUUGUUGGAUCUCUGUGCAUACAUUGCUCAAAUUGUAUACAGGCUUCCUCACUUACAGGCACCCUUGUUUUUGGAUCGCAUUGAUUUAAUGCGUAUGAUCUUGCGCAUGCACUAGCUUCUGAGUUCAUCGUUUGAACAUAAUAUUCUACCUUAUCUUCAACAUCUUUCAAUAUAGUUUUAACUAACUUAUAAACUAGACUGGAUAACCCUAAUAAUAAGAACAAAUUGAAACCGGUUUGAGCGUAUUUUGUUAAUAGAAUGGGUAAAUCGUCAUACUUUUUGAUCAUAAGUUAGAUGAAGGUGAGAAUAAUAUUAUAACUCACAUUUAUAUUGUUAUCGUUAGGUUGAUCAUGUGACUUUUGUUGGUUUCGUAUUCUCUUUUUACGCAUUUUAUUAACUGCGUUAGAAUUUAGCUUUAAUCUAUUAUCUGGAUUAUCCUUUUUAGGUGAUGCAUCAGCCAUUUCAACUUCACCAAGACCUAAACUAGAUUUUACGUCCCAUUUAAAUGAAUCAAAAUUAUUAUUAUCAUUCUCUAUUGGCUUUACUUCUGUCGUAUGGAAUAAAAACGGCGUGUUGCUACCAACUAAGUUUGAUCUUCUAUCUUUAUCGUUAAAUGGUAUCCUAGAACUCGAUGCUUCGUUAAUGUUAUUAAAUGGUCUUUUUGAAGGUCUCUCAUUGGUAUAAUCAAAAUCCAUAGGCGCUUCCAUUGAUCGUCCGAAGGACAUUCUCGUAUUUU